AAACACCAUAUUUACUCGUUGUUUACAGGACGUCACCUGCUGAUUAGCGUCUUUAGUUUCAAUAUGGCGGGUUCGUGUAAAGGGGCAUAACUCCCGCAAUAUUUUCUGCUCUGACACAGGUGCGCUAUCUUCAUCCGCGCGUAUCGCGGAUAUAUGACCAAAAUGAACCGAACAAACCCGCACAAUCAUUUUAUACGAUCUAAAUGAAGCAAAUACAUACUUAAUAUGGAAAAAGUUAUAUUUCGUUUCAGUUGACCUUUAAGUGCAAAGACUGAAUUUUGCACAUUAGAAAAUUUGGUCUGGUAAAAUUAUUUUUGGUCUGGUGAAGUCAGAUUGUUUACCAGACCGAAUGUCUGGUAAAAUUAAAAAAAAAUAUUCGUGUACACUGAUUUUACAACCCAGGGUUUUGACUCUAGGAUGGGUCAAAAUUAGUCAUAUCUUUUAAUGUUAAUACACCUACAGGUGUAUAAAUGUUUUGCACACUCGGUGCCGCCAUAUUUAAUUACCUAAUUAUAUAUGCGUGUCAAAGGUCAUAGGGGAAAAACGACGUAAUCAUGGACGCAGCCUUUUGACAAAUCAACGAUGUAUUGCUUUUCCCCCCAAAGUUUAUAAUGAUUUAUCCCUUAUAUUAUGAUACAAUUUGUUUACAUAAUAGGUAAAGAAGACCAAAAGUUUACUUUAGCAUAAUUAUCUUUUAUGGAAAAGUUCCUUUCUAGAAUUUCUAAGAGAAGGCUAUUUAUUGGCACUAAUGUUGCUUUUCAUACCCAUGUUUGAAGAUUCCAUUUCAUAAUAAAACAAUAAUUUUUACACUUAAAAAUCUUAAUUCUGAAUUGCACAAAAAUGAAAAAUUUCGAUAAUACCCCUCUACCGACUACUGGACCCAUUGUAUUAUGACUAUGAUGUUUUAGGGGUGUGUGUGUAUAUUUAUUAUUAAUGGUUAUUUUACAAAGAGAAUAGAUUAUAUAAUGCAUUACAACAAAUCACGGCAGUAUUAUCCAGGCAUGUCGUACCAUCCCUUUUCAAGGGAGGGGGGGGGGGGGUUACAAAAUAUAAAUAUUGACAACUACUACGAUCUAUACAGAUAAUAUUUUUAAAAGGAAAUUUUACCAAAAAGGGGGGGGGGGGCGAGAUUAUACGACCGACGACAAAUUUUGAAAAACACUUGUAGUCUACAUAGUUAGUGAAAGUCAGGAAUAAUUCAUGGCUUUUCCAACCCCCCUUCUCUCCUUACACUCGUCAAAUACACCCCCAUCUCCUUACAAUAAUACAAACCCUCCUUUCUUAGAAUCGUCUAUAUUAACCCCCCUCCUCCUAUUCCUUACACUCGUAUUAUACACCCCUUUCUCUUUACACUCGUAAAGAGAAAGCGGUGGUUUAAAUCAGACUGCAGAAAAUGGAUUGACUAACAGUUGGGUAUGGGGUGGUGACCCACCACCUAAAUUUCCUGGUUUAUAAUUAGUAUCCUUAUUAUUUGCAAUAAAGUGUCUAGCUUUUUAAUAGGCCUACAUAUGUUAUUGCAUAGAGAAGUGAACUUUGAACUGGUCAUUUGUCAAAGUUAGAGAUAAAUUAAAUAAUUGUGUAGACAUCUCGUUUGAUUUUUUUUUUUAAAUGAUCAGAAGCUUAUAAGAUUUAAAAUCAUACAAAUUAAAUAUAUAUCUCUAACUCUGUCUCACGGGCAAGUAGAAUAAAUUUAUAAUUGGGAAAAGAAUAGGAGCUCUAAUUAUAAGCGCGACCGUCUUGCGAAUAAUGAAAAUUAUUGGCAUGACAGUCAUGCUGAUAGACACUUAAAAAACAAAACUCUUAAAACUUACUUCAAAAUCCUUAAUUGUGUGAGGGGUGACUUAAUUCAUAGAUUCAAACUUAAUUACUACUCAGUACUGCAUACCACAGAAGAGAGAGAGAGAGAAAGAGAGAGAGAGAGAGAGAGAAGAGGGGGGAUAAGCCGAUAAAUCUUAAAAAUCAAACGACUUUGUCAUUUUAAAACAAAAAAAAAACACAUUGUCAAUAAAAUUAUUGAGCUGUUAUCACUUCUAUAUGCAAUGUACUACUUCACUGGGUUAAUUUUAGAGAGCUAUUUAAUUCGAUAAAAAACAUCGCAAGUGAAAGUAGCAAGCGCGAGCAGACAUAAACAACCUAUACUUCACCAGCUCAAAUUAAACAAAUGUGAAUGAAACAUUCUAAUCUGCAACUCUUAGUGGUAACUUUAAAUUGUAUUUUUUACGAAUGUUAUAUUUUUAUCAUCUUACAUGCUUAAACAAACUAUGUCUCACCCGUAAAAUGUUGGUGAGCAGCCGUCGUCGUUCGCUGUUUCACAUUGACAAAGGACCCGGAUGUAAGAUUUUUUUCCCCUAUGAUCUUUUGACCUAGCAUGACGUUAGAGUGUGCAAAACAUCUAUAGGGGCUGUAAGUCUCAUUUCUCGUCACUUCCGGUGAAGCGUUUCCGGAGACAAACAAAUCCGAUUCAGUAUUACGAGUAUAGAAUUUGGCCAAACAAUGUGGACACAAAUAGAUCAAUUUCAAAUCAGACGCUGUGCCAAUAAUUUUAUAUUUUCCAAAGACUGAGACAAAUCAAAAUAUAAAUUAAAGUCAACCGCUUAGUUAAAAGCGAAGACACUGGUAUGUAUUACUAAAUUACACAAAGGUUGGAUAUCAUUGUAAUCACACAAAAAAAAAAAAUAAAAAAAAAUUUCAUCAAUGAACGUAAACUUUGAAUAAAUCUACUCAAAAUUAGAUUCUAUUUUCAUAUCUUAUCUACAUUACAAACUCUAUCAGUCAACAGUAUUCGUAUAGUUUCAUGUUUAUUAUGCCUAUACGUGUAAUAUGCAUGUACCUACACAAGUAUCCCAAAAGUGUGUAAUUUUUAUUUUCUUAUUAUUAAUUGUAAAUAUUUGAACAGCGGGAAUGUAAAGUGAGAAAGUAAAUACCUGCUAUAGAAUUAAAAACGCAAGCAAUUUUUUACGAUUGAAAACUAUAGAAGCCACCCCUCUCCCAUUAAAACAACGAUUUGUGAAUUUUAUACUUAAAUUGGGACACAUGAGGAAACACUAGCUAAUUAUGAAAAACCGUGCGCAAGGACAACAGAUGACAUCCAUGAUAAAUUUACCACAUGUAGGGUACUCUACACUUACAAGAAUAUUUUAGCGCUAUUUCAAUAUUGUGGUUAUUUGUAUCCCAUGGGGAUCCGGGUUAGAAUAGGUCCUUGAGCAGUACCCCUUUGCUUGUCGAAAGAGGCGGUUCUUCGGAUGAGACCGCAAAAACAAAGGUCCCGUGUCACAACAGGUGUGGCACGAUAAAGAUCCCUCCCUGCUCAAUGACCAUAAGCGCCGAGCAUAGGCCUAAAUUUUGCAGCCCUUCACCGGUAGUGGUGACGUCUCCAUAUGAGUGAAAUAUUCUCGAGAGGGGCGUAAAACAAUAUUCAAUCUCAAUCAAUCAAUUAUCUUAUAAAAAGGAAAAUGGGAUUGCCAUUACAUAUUUUAAACUAUUUCAUAAAUGAAAUGUACACAAGUUCAAACGACUAGAACUAAUCUUUUUAAAAUGAUAGUUAAACUUCAGUAUCUGAUGGCAUGGGGUCUUGACAUCCACAGGCAUCUGCAUGAUGUAUGGACUGUACUACCCCCCCUCCCCCCCCUUCCAAUCUGAUUUUUUUUUGCGGCGAUAAUUUCUCCAAAAUAUGUGGAUUCUCUGUCUAAUCCAUCCCAAUUUCGAUUUAUGUAAUCGUUUGACUUUCCCACUUUUUGUAAAAUUUAGAGAUUGGCCUUGUACCGGCUUUAUUGUUACCGGUAGAAGGUCAAUCUCUAAAGCUUACAAGAAGUGGGAAAGGAUACAUAAAUCGAAAUUUGCAUGGGAUAGACAAGGAAUCCAUGCAUUUUGGAGGAGAAAUUAUCCCCGAAAAAAAAAAAUAAGAAAAAGAGGGGGUAGUAUAUAUAGUGGCCAUACUUCAGGUGCCUGUGCAGUGUUGACUUCUUCAAUAUCAUCAUCUGUUGAAGAACGUUAUUCGCUUGCCGUGCAUCAUUCCUGACUGGUUUAAACUGAUAUUGUUGAACCACAAAAUCGGGCAGUUCGUUAGAAAACAAAAAUUAGUCCAUAUCCGUUAAAUGCAGCGAGAUAUUUCGUUGAAGAAAAUGGUAAGCCUACACUAUUUUCAUUGCGUUGUUUACAUCGAUGGGUCGUUGUGACGUCACAAACACACAUAUUCAAGAACGAUAAGCGGGUAACAAAUUCAUUCUAUGUACAAGUUUACAGCUAUAUUUCUUAUCAAUCCAAAGACAAUAAUUUUUUUUAUUAAACGCUGUUUGACCUUCAUUCAUACCCAUCUUUAUGUUUUUAAAGUAAAAUACCAUUGUUAGAAAUCAUUUCAUAUGACCUUUAAGUAAGUAUAGAAAAAGUAUCAUCAAAGUAUACUUUUCAGUUGAAUACAGAAAAAGCACAAAAAUGUAUUAAGUACAAAAGAAAGUAUACUCUUAAGCAAGUAUAGAAAAUAAUAUCAUCAGUAUUCGAAAUUAACCAUAGACGGAGUCUAUGUCAAAUGACACAGAUCUAUGCCAACUGUAAUUAAGAUAGACCAAAUUGUCUAUGCCGAUUUUGUAGGUUUAAAGCAAUAGAGUUAUCCCAAAAGUCGACGUCUGAUAAACGGUAUGAGGAUAGGAGCUACCUGACAUUGUUAUGGAAAUGUAAAGACAAUAUGCUUUUUAAGUACAUUAGAUGUAAAUAACAAUGUUUUGAAUUUGUGUUAUUUUUUUUUUCAAUGUGGCGGUCUAUGCCAAAUCGAUGAGGUCAAUGUCAUCUUGUUUUGGCAUAGACCCAUGGUCUAUACCAAGUUUUAAACCAAUUUCGAACACUUUAUCAUAAAAGUAUACUAUUCAGUUGGUUCAGAAAAAGCACAAAAAGUAGUAAUUAUACGCUAGGGUUUUAAAUCUAGGAUGUGUUAAAAUUAGUCAUAUUGUUGAAAGGGAAAGGCAACAUAAAAAAUGAUAAAAUUCACUAUAUGAUAAAGAUUUAUCAUAUUAUUCUGUUCAUACAUGGCCUAGAUAAACCUCAGUACUAAUUUUAAAAUGUAAAAAAUUAAAAUUCCCGCAAUCCAUUGAGGCUGCCAUGAAGCGGAACUCUUUUGUAUUCAAGACCACAAAAAUCAAUAAUUUUGACCUCACAUCGUCUAUUCCGGUUUCGAGGAGAUUAUAAGAUCAUCAAAGGUGUGAAUGUGGUAGAUUUUAAGAAUAUCUUGUAAAUAGGUGGAUGCCUUAUUGUCAAGCAGUUAAUUACACUAAAUAAAUGCGAAAGAGACAUUAAUGAAAUAUGUUUAAUUAUUUCUGGAACAUUCUGUUGGACUGGUAAAUUCUUUUGCGGACUGGUUCCCAUCAGUCUGGCUGGACUGGUGACACAAAAAGUUAGCUUCAAGCCCUGAUUGUUCGCCUUAAGUGGAUUCGUCCUGAAGGACACAUCGCAUGUUUUUAAACUUUUAAAUUCUUUCAGCAAAAUUAAUUCAUUUCAUGCCUAAAACUAUUUUACAUGUGUUUUAAAUGAAACAUGCAGUUUGCAUAGUUUUCGAGUUUGAAAGCGAUGAAAUUCAAAUCUUGUGAUAUGCAUAUUUUCUUCGAUAUUUUACGCGCCAGUAUCUGUGACACCAUAUGCGACCUCGAGCGAGAAGAUAUGAAAACAGUUGUUACCAUUUCAUAAACAGAUUAGAUUUAAUUGACAAACAAACAAUUAUCACAUUAAUGGCUUGUAAAUAACACUACAUUAGGGUGUUUUGUGCUGUUUAAGGGGUACUUGCUGUCAGUAUAGAGAGGAUUUGGACUGUGUUUUUUUUUUUUCAGUUUUCGAAGGAAGGUAUGAGGGACAAGACGUGAAUAUUUUUUGUCGGCACAACGACUUUGCCCUAAAAAACCUAGUAGAAUUUGUCUCUGUACUUUUUUAAACAAGCACUUGGACAAAGACAUAGAUAAACUGCGAGAAAAUGGUUCUAUCGAAGCUACCCACUGUCACAUAUAGGCCUACGGCAUAUGCUUUCCGUUCUGCUCUCAAAUUCAAUACACACUCACUGAAAAUAUGAUUUCAGUGAUACCGUGACGUGAUACCGUGACGUCAUAUGCGACAAUCGUAUCUCUCGCCGAUCAGCUUAUUGUGAAGAAACCUGUUAUUAAUUAACUUCGUUUGAUACAUGUACUAGUGGGGUAUGGGUAGAUAUUUUUUUUCUUUUUUUUACAUCAAUGACGAAUUUAUUUUAUUAGAUAUUAUUCCUUUACAUUAAAACUGUUCAACAAGAAAACGACGAAUGGAAUGUAUUGAUAUAUACAUAGCCUACUGCAUACCGUGCACACUGACAUGCACACAUCUACAUUACGUUAACAUUUUGUUUAUUUGCAUUAUAUAUAAUGUAGUCAUUCAAUUGAUUAUUCAUGUUCUUCAUUUAUAUAUUUUUUAAAAAAUUAUGCCUUGAUGUGAAUAUUUUACUUAUAAUCCACGCAUCUAUCGAACGAAGUAAACAUGGCGAAAUCAAAAUAAAAAAUAAUUGCUAAAAAUAAUACGUGAAUUAGGUAGGGCUUUUUACAUGUCUUAUCAAAUAUAUGAUAUAUAUAUUUUUUAAAUCUUGAACGUAGCCCAGGGGUCUUUUUAAAAAAAAAAUGAAUUAGUUGUGGACAGGUCAAUGUUAUCAAAACUCUAGAACGCAGGGUUUCCUCAAAAUCUAAAGUGUUAUCAAAACCGUGGUCUACCGCUACCUCAGAGAAAGAUGUUUUGAUAACAAUCAUGGCUAAUGAUGACCAGCAGUCUUUAGAUCUUGAGGAAAGCCCCAGUAUACCUGAGUUUUGAUAGGAUUGACUUGGGAUACCACAUGGAUUAUAAAUUACGCAAUCAGAAAUCAAACCAUAGCAAAAAAGCACAAAUAAGUUAUUGAGAACUGUUACAGUAGUAAAAAAGAAGAAGAGAUAUUUCUAUAAUUUAUCACGGCUUUAUAUUUAUAAAGGGGGAGAGAGAGAGAGAGAGAGAGAGAGAGAGUUAAUAGUUUAUCAUGGCCUUAUAUUUAUAAAGAGAGAGAGAGUUAUUGAGCUAUUUAUAAUUUAUCAGGCUUUUAUAUUUAUAAAGAGAGAGAGAGAGAGAGAUGUGUAAAACUGUAACAAUGAUAAAGAUAGAUGAAAUAAUAUGGCAUAUGGCAAUAGUGUUGCAUCUUAUGACAAUAAUUACUCAUUUAGUCAAUGAUUGAGAGUAAGGGAGAGAGAAAGGGGGGGGGGGUAGACUAGCUAUGUGUCAGCUACUGUUUGGGAUAUCAUCAUUAUACAAACAUUACGUCCACAGAAACCCCUAGAGAGAGAGAUUGAGAGAGAGAGAGAGAUGGGGGUGUAAUUAAGACUUCGUGUCAGCUUCUGUUUGGGAUACCAACGUUACACAAACAAUACGUCCACAGAAACCCUACAAACGGCCCAUAUUGAGGGGUAUCUUAAUCAUUCUGAAUUUGGUUGUACAGUUGUACACAAAUCUACUUGGAUUUAUUCAUUCUCUCGAAUUUAACAUGGAUAUUUUACUUACUAUACCCACGACACCGCGAACUCCCAGGACACCAGGAAGUGCCCGGAAACACCGGAAACACCUGAAAGAACAAAUGCUAAUUCAUAUGAAUCAACACCAGAGACAACGAACACAAACAGAGCGUGUCGAGUCAUACUCGGUCCCUGUACGGAUGGUCUACGUGACUUACUGCGUCACUACGUCCUACCACACACAUUCCCUCAUGUCAUCAAACAAAACAAACAUCUUCCUCGUCUGACGGCUGCUCAGCGAGACCUCAUUUUACCACGACAUGGAGAUUACACAGGGAACUAUAGAGACAUGGGUAUCUCUUUACUGUAUAUCUUACUGAGGAAUAUAUUUGUCAUAUCACCACACUCCAAGGGCUGGGGCAACGAUCCCGACCCCAGCGACAGGAGUCUCUCUGCCAACAUCGAGAGGAUUCGAUUGGUCCGGAAUCGUUGUGUGUUCUCCUCUGAUGUCUCCAUGUCCAACUCAGAUUUUUACUCUAUCUGGUCCACCAUUAGAAGGGCAAUGGUGGAUCUGGAUGCCUUCUUCAUGAAUGGAAACAAAUAUGAAAAGGCGGUGGAUUUCCUACGUCACGAGUCGAUGGACCCUGAAAAUGACCUACAUUACCAAGAAGAACUGAGGAAGCAAGUGGAGGAAGAUAAGACGACCAGGGAAAUAGUGGCCAGUCUUAAAAUUCUUGAUCCUAUGGCCAUGUGUCUCCUUCUCUGUCCAGCCUACAAACUAGAUAUCAACGAACACAUUUGGAUCUCCAUAUAUAACACAAUUGCAGAGAAGUUUGGAUUUACAGCAAUCACAAAACUGACAGAUUUAUCUCAGCUAGAAAAAUACAAGCCAGUGCUAGAUAUAUCCGAGUCCGAAAUUACUUUCUCAUCAGCUGAUUGGAGAGAUAAGACCUUCCUAAAAUCUGCUAAAUCUCAUAAGUUUUUGGAAAUUUUCCUAAAUCGGGGUGAGAAAGAAAACAUUGCCAAAUAUUGUAGGUCACCUAGUUACAGAAAGAUUGAAGGGGAAGUUUGUUACUGUCUUUCACCAAGUCAGACUGAAAAAUUUGUUGAAAGACUUGGAGAAGAUAUCUUCACACACAGUGCAUUUCAAGAUCAAUCAAUAAAGAAGCUGGCCUUCCAAAAAAUAGGGAUACCGAUGCAAAUAAUCAUGAGAGGAGACCAGAGUGUGCAAAACUUUAUUCAAAACCUCCAAAAGGGGAAACAGAAGAUGUAUCAUGCUUCAGGAAUGAUUAUAGGAUGUGCAGGAAGUGGAAAAACAACACUACUGAAAAGACUCCAGGGGAUUACCGUGGAGGAAAUCAAACGAAGCACCGAGUCAACCAGAGGAGUCGAUGUCUUCACUGAUGUGUUUGACGUCACAGACACUCUGCAAGUCAGCAAGUCAGGUAAACCUCAGCGAUUUAGAGUGACAUUGGAUAAACCAGAUCACGAUGAUAAUCAGAUCAGUGAUGAUAUGGAACAUGAUCAGGUGCAGGAGGAUAUUAAAAAAACGGAAACUGAUGAGCUGUGUGAGGAUAUGAAAGAUAAACACGUAAAUGUACACAGAAGAGAUUCAAAGGAAGAAGAUGCUUAUUUUCCGCAAAAUUCAGAGGCAAAUGAGAGGAGUGAAGUUUCAGAGGUAUAUAAUACAAUGGAGGAGAUAGAUAUGGAUUCUUCCCCACCUCAGCCACAUCCUGAGAUGUCCAGUAUCAUUCCUGUUUCACAAGGAUCGAUGUCUGAUGAUGAAAUUAAUCUCACGAGAAAAAUCAGCAUGACAGACUUUGCUGGGCAGUGUGCAUAUUAUGCAUCGCACCAGAUAUUCUUAAACCCUCGAGCAUUCUUCCUUCUGGUUCUGGACAUGAAGAAAAAGUUGGAUGAUGUAGUGGGCAAGGACGUCUGCUGCCAGGAGGGAUCUGUGUAUAGAAAAUGGACAUUUAAAGACUACCUGGAGUUCUGGCUGAAGUCGGUCCAUCAGUUCAGCAGUGACAAGGCCCCAGUGUUGUUGGUGGCGACACAUUGUGAGGAUACAACAGAAGAGGCAAGAAAAGAAUACUUCAGGAAUCUGUGGAAAACCUUGAGCACCAAGGACAAGUCUCUUCUGGACCAUCUUGCCCCCGAUAGGAAAUUUUUGGUGACAUUUAAUGAUGAUGCAGAAAUCGAAAAAAUUAAAAACUGCAUUGUCAAAACAGUUCAAACACUUGAUCACUGGGGUAAGGAUCUUCCGCAAUCUUGGGCUUUAUUUGAAACUUUUCUUCUUGAACAGAAGAAAAAAAAGAAGAUUCUAAAAAGAGAGGAAGUGAUUGAAUUUAAUAAAGCGUUAUGGGACGAAAUUCAGCUCAAUGAUAAUGACAUCGAUGUUAUGUUGCAGUUUUUCCAUGACAUCAGAGAAAUUUUGUACUUUGACCAAGCGGAUCUCAAAGAUGCUAUUAUUUUGGACAUUCAGUGGUUUUCAGAUGCCUUCAAACAUAUCAUUACUGACAAAAACCAUGCAGAGGAUGAUUUGCUUUAUCGUUUCGACGAAUGGGAAAUAUUUAACGAAACAGGGGUGUUGAAUGGACAAUUGCUGAAUGACAUAUGGAAAAUUCACUCAGACAAUUAUAAUGAUUAUAAAAAAGAAGUCAUGCUGUACAUGGAAACAUUGGGUCUUCUAGCGGCAUUUAACCAAGGGGAAGAAAAGUGGUAUGUUCCCAGUAUGAAUAAAACUCCCUUUGAGAAACAAACUCUCUCUAGAUGUCCAUCAUCUUCCAUUCUCUGCUUUCAAUUUGAUGUUCUUCCUGUCGGAAUUUUUCACAGGCUCGUUGCUGUUUGCAUUCAAAUGCCUUUGGAAAUUCUAGCAUGUGAAGAUAAACAAUGCAUUUACCAAACCGCCGCCAUUUUCAUUUAUGAUGAGCAUCACUUUGUGAUUGGGAUGACUAAAUCAGCAAUUCAACUCCAAGUGUUUGUGUUCAGUGGCAAUGUUAAUCCAACGUGUUGUCGCCAAAUCCGACAGAAAGUGGAGGCUGUUUUACAUACUUGUUCUAACACAUUCCAAAGUAAUUUCAAAUUUUCAGUAGGAUAUAAAUGCAAGGUUAGUGGAUUCUGUGAUGAGGAGGAAAGCAAAGUGAUUUCGGAGGAAAAAUUUACCAAAUCAUCUUUUGUGUGUCCUGGUUGUCCUGUAGAAAACAAACAUAUGAUUGAGACCAACUCCAUAACCAAGUACUGGACAGAGACGAUGCAGCCCUCAUCAAGUUCCAAGAAGAAUAGACAGUCGGGGUGUGAACUAUUGUUGGAUCAUGUUGCAAGAAAUCUACAAGACAUGUCAGCCAGUAGAUUAGCUGGUUGGUUAAACGUUAUCGAACCGGAAAACAGAAUCAGGGAUGAAAAGGAGAAACGAUUUAGAGUUCUGUACAGUUGGAAAUGCAAAUUUCCAUCCAUCGACCACAAGAAAAACCUACAGCGAAUACUCGUAGAAGCAGAACAAGUCUCCACGAGUGAAAGCAUGGAUUUGUUUGAUAAAUCGGAAUUUCACUGCAGUGGUGUACCUCGAGCGGGGGAACUGGUCUCCUAUCGAGACUUUGAAAUAAUUUCUCAGCAUCUUUCUGGGGAUUACACACAUUUUGCUCGUUUUUUGGAAAUUCCACACCAGGAAAUCGAACAAAUUGAAGAAAUAAGCAGCACGAUUAAAGACAAAAUACUCAAUUUAUUUAAAAAUAUUGAUGGCAACCCAGCAUACCCCAUUGCCCGUCAAGAUGUGUGUAAUGCGUUGAUGUACAUAGGGAAAAACAAUGUUAUAGAAGAACUCAAGGAAUUCUGACAUGAAUAUUAAUUGAUAUGAAGGAUUUUUGAGAAUUACCUGCGAAACAGUCGUGAUGAUCAUACAUGGGUACCAAUUAUAUUUUACCGAUCCGCCAAUGGAUUUUUUUUCAAAACUAAAUAAUAAUUUGCACAAGUGCCAAGUCUGCUGGUGACUCCUCUAAAAUCAAAAGUAAUCUCACAAUGGACUAGACCUCUUGUACAGCACACUGAAAUCAUACAAAAUAACAGACUUUGUAUAUUAAAGCUGUAUGUACCCGUUGCGAUAUUCGUUGCGUUAUCAUCUGAUAGGGACUGAUGUUGUACAUCUUUAUGUGUGCUUUGCAAACGCGCAGUGGAAUAUGAGUUUCUUCUCCGUCUGCCCGUCCUUCUGUCUGUCAGUCACUCAGUCUCCUGGAUUUUCCAGACAUUUUUCUGUUAUACUUGUGAGGAUUCAUUUGAAACUUGCAGUGUCGUUUUAGAAUGGUCAAUUUCGAAUUUCAUAAUGUUUGAUGAACAAGUGUGAAGCAAGUUAAUUUUUAUAUUGGUAUGUAUUAAGGGUAUGUUUAUGAAUUGAAUUUACAAAUUAUAGAAUUCUGAAUAUGACUAUUUCAUCCCUGAUACAAACAAACAAGAAUAUCGCAACGGGUACAUUAAACGGUCGUGAAAAUGAUUGAAUGGGAUGUAUUUUGGCGAUAAUUUGUUGAACUAUGCGUCAUGUAGUAUUAACCAUCAUCAGGCUAAAAUAAUGAAAGGACCUGGUGACAGGAUGUCGAUAGACAAACCAAGAUUUAUUUGACUAGAAUAUUUCCCCGUAAUCUGACCAAGUUCAACAACCUGUGAAUGUUUAAAACAUUAAAGAAAAUUAAAGAUUGUUGAGAAUCAAAAUCCUUGCACUAUGCACAUCUUCAAGUUAAUUAGAAAGACUCUAACUUCUAUAACUAUGAGAAGAGUUCAAAAGACAAACCACGUCCUUUCUUUAAUACAAUAUCUCCUCAAAAUGGACUAAGUUCAAUAGCCUGUGAUUUUCUCAAUUGAAUAAAACCACAAUCAUUGCCACAUGCACAUCUUCCAUACCCUUACAAAUACCCGGUAAAAUAAGAAGGUUCUAAAUUCCCUGGACAAAUUAUGCACCCUCCAUAUAACAAUGAUAUUCAAAUAAAGGGCAAAGCUCCUUCAAGAGAGAUCGAAAUGGAUUAAAAUUCCAACAUGAUCUAGAGUGAUCCACCAAGAAACUAUAUGACAGCUUUUAGUUUGAUAUGUGACAGAGAAAUGGAAUUAGAAACAAUACACCUUAACGAACGGACAUACGGACGUACAGACAUCGCCGUAUGAUAAUACGUCCAGUAUCAAGACGGACUUAUUAAAACUAUCUGUGUCAACUGUAUGAAGAACGGAAUGUCAAACUAAUUAAAGUCGAUAUUGAUGAGCAUGGUGACUCCGUACCAAUGUUUUCGGUCACAGUCAAAUGUCAAACAUGUACAUUUUCUCGGAUAAUACAUUCUUCAAUUAUUGGGUUGGGACGCCGGUAGGGGACACGUAUUCCUUAUACAAUACUAUCAAAAUACUUGUUUACCAUCAGUAAUGUAAUUUUAUCAAAUCGUUUUCAUUUUGAUUCAACCAGAUAUGAUUGAUACCGAAGGUUGAUUCCAAUUACAAAUUCCAAUUUCAAAUUCUGUAAAGUUUCUUGGAGAGCUUUUGCUAUUAAUACUGCACUAAUAGAAAUAUCUUUGUUUUUUGUACCGUAUCAAUCUUGAAAAUAAAAUCAACGUCAUUUAUCAUGUAAGGAAUGACCACACA